GGCUCAAGACACGUCGGAGCUUCGCCGUCGAACUCCGAUUUCCCCCGUCGGAUCCGGUGAGAAAGCGAUGGCUUUGCCGUCGUCAUCGGCAUGUGCAAAGGUCAGAGUGGUGAACACCUUCAUCGACGUUGACACGUCAGAUGAUGAGGAGAAUGCGCAUGUCUCACCCAUCAAGACCGAGCCAGCCAGGGUCUCUUUCGCAGGUCUGGACUCCGAACUGGACCACGGCUACGUGGCGAACGCGCCCAAGGAGCCUCUGGAGCCUCGUCUUCCAAAGACGGAAGCGAGAGAAGUGCCAUGCCUACUCGGACAGUCUCAUGGUGUAAAAGUGACCGUGAAGAAUACCUUCAUAGAUAUCGCCCCAGAUGGAGAAGGUGACGAGGAGGAGGGUCAAGUGGUCUUUAACAAGAUCAAAUCUGAACCAGUCCUUCCAACUCCACUGUCUCCAGACGGCGAGGCCCUUCUCCGCCGCACGCUGCUUAGGGCGCUGCCCACGCAAGAGGAGGAGGAGGAGGAGCCCGAGGAGGGCCAAGGUAGUAGCUCGCUUGAGCGCGUAGCUGCAUCCCUGGGAGUAGUCAUCGUUCCUCUCAGCGAGCGUCAGCCGGAGACGUCCGUGGGGUCGGCGCUGCAUGGCUCGCAAUGCAAGCCCUGCUCCUGGUUUUGGCGACCACAGGGCUGUUUCAACUCGCGAGACUGUGCGCAUUGCCACAUGUGCUUGCCAGGGGAGCUGAAAAGGUUAAAAAAGGCAAAGCAGCAAGCCAUGCGCGCGAAGGCACGCCACCAAGAAGAAGCUGUGCCUGUCAUGAGCUGAUGUGCUGUGCCCGGCCGAAAACGUCUUCUGCACAGCCUUUUGUGGCGGCGCUGCCGCGACGGUAGGUUCCUGUCCUUCGGCAGAGUCUGACCCCCAUGAGAGACUCAGAAACUGUGG